GUAAGAUGGAGAUGGGGAGCACUCCUUGCUCCUGAGAUUGGGAGUGGGCAGCUCAGUGGUUAGCAGCUGGGAAUGUGUGAUGAUCAGUGUCCAGGCUGGAACUUUUACAAACAAGCACCAUCUUACUGACUGGAUAGCAGGCUGUCAGAACUGUCACCAAAGGUCAGCCAGAUGGUCAGUAGGUAGAUGGAGUGGGUUUGAGCCAGGGCUGACUUAGCAGGCAGUGUCAGUGACUCACACAGACGGGCUUCUGACUCCAGCUGCUGCUCACAGCCUCCCAGCUCCUGUGCUUCCCAGGAGGGGCCUUGUGAAGGCAGUUACCCUCCAUAGGAGCAGCCUGCUGUAAGCCAUCAGCUCUCAGGACUUCCCAGUACCUGUGGCCCUUGGGGAUUUAAGUUGUUAGGUCCCUUUUGCCAGAGUGGAAAUUCUUGAUCUCGUCAUCUGUGGCCUGGCUCAAAUGGCACAAGGCCAUUUUAGAAAGGACCUAGGACGUGGAUGCUCUGUCAUUAGAACUGUUUAAUUUGGCUUUUAUACACUUCCCGUGUUUCAGAGUUGCAUUCAUAAUUACAAAUUGAUGUUUGGUUAUAAGUAAAUAAGUUAUAGUUGGGUUUCCCGACUAAAAUGGCACUUACCACUGUUGGAACUCUGGCUUGCCAGUUUGUAGUCUAGGAACUUGUCUGCCAGAAUAUCUACUUGUGACCAGGGAGUCAGAGGACUGAAGUUAAACUCACAGGAACUGCAAUUUAGCAACUUUUUUAGGCUGGUUUUCACUGUGUAGCCCAGGCUUGCCUGAAACCUCUGGAUCCGUCCAUUUCAGCCUGUAAUUCCAGUUCUUGAGUCACAAGAGGUUCAGUUGUCAUCCUCAGCUACUGAGGAAUUCGAGACUAGCCUGGGAUAUAGGAGAUUCUGUCAAAAAAAUUCAAAUGAAGCUUUGCGUGCAUGGUGAUCUAGGACUGUAAGCCUGACCCUGGAGACAGUGCCAGGGAGAGGGACUUGUGCCAGACCGUCUUGUACUGCAUAGUAAGUUCCAGUACAGCCUGAGCCAGAGUGAGACCCUAUCUUUGGGCGCUGGGGGUGCACUUGUAGAAAUGUAUUCUCAUCCCUGCAGAUGUCAUCCACACAGCUCGGUGCAGAGGCAGACAUCAAGUGGUCUGCAAAUAGCAGAGCAGGGAAGCCCUGGGUCUGCAGUCAGUCUCUGUGGGUCAGGAGGCUCCAGGUGGUUCCAACCCAAGCACUCUGCUGACUGACUCCCUGUGUAGCCUGCCUGUAGUGUCUGCUCAAGUGUUGUAUUGUCUUGUGUAAUUCUGGUUUCUUCCCCUCCCCUCUUGUCAUUAAGAGCUAAACACACAUUGAGGACAGUGUGUCUCCAGAACAUAUUUAAGCACUUGAAAUAAAUGUUCUAUUUACAGGGCAGACUUAGUUCAUGCCUCAUGCAUUUUAAUCUGAAAAUUUAGGUUCUUUGUUUACUGGCUUCAGCGAUGAGAAGAAUGUUCUGGCUGAAGGAAAUGGUUUUUAGAACUUUUGGUUGCCAGUUAAAAUCUAGCUAAGUCUGCCCAAUUUUUCUUCUUCCAGAAAAGUCUCUGAAGUUAUGUGUCACCAAGGAGAUGCUCCUUCUGAGCGUUACGACUGCCUACACAGGUCUGGAGCUGACGUUCUUCUCUGGGGUGUACGGGACCUGUAUUGGGGCUGUAAACAAAUUUGGGACAGAAGAGAAAAGCCUCAUUGGACUCUCUGGAAUUUUUAUCGGCAUUGGAGAAAUUUUAGGUGGAAGCCUCUUUGGCCUGCUGAGCAAGAAUAAUCGCUUCGGCAGAAAUCCGGUCGUGCUGCUGGGUACCCUGGUGCACUUUGUUGCCUUCUACUUGAUCUUCCUUAACAUGCCUGGAGAUGCACCCAUUGCCCCCGUGGAGGGGACUGACAGCAGCGCCUACAUCAGGCCCAGCAAAGAAGUCGCCAUUUUCUGCAGUUUUCUGCUGGGCCUGGGAGACAGCUGCUUCAACACACAGCUGCUCAGCAUUUUGGGAUUUCUCUACUCGGAAGACAGCGCACCAGCCUUCGCAGUCUUUAAGUUUGUCCAGUCGAUCUGCGCAGCCGUGGCCUUCUUCUAUAGCAACUACCUCCUCCUGCACUGGCAGCUCCUGGUCAUGGUGAUGUUUGGGUUUUUUGGAACCAUUUCCUUUUUCACUGUGGAGUGGGACGCUGCUGCCAUUGUGGCCCGAGGCUCUGACUACCGAAGUAUUUGAUGAAGCCCACGUCUCCAGGAAACAGCUGGUCGAAUUGCAGAGCCGGUUACGUUGGCUGAUGUUGAGUGUGGAAAAUGAAAGAACACUGUUAAGUCGGGCAGAGUUGAUAUUAAAGUUUACAGGUCCUGGCAGUUUAAAGCUGGAGGAAUAAGGGAAUCCCCUUCAGAGAUGUCUGUCUACUCCGCUUCCUCGGUUCCUUACAAUCACGUCUCCGUCGUUCUCGUUCUCAUGGAGAGAUCCUCCCUUGAUCGCCGUGUGUCACUCAGGAUUCUUGCUAGCUGUGGAGUGUAGUUCACCACCUAGGAACAGGAAGCAGGUGCCACUCCAUGUGUGGUCAUGGGAAUGACUUUUAAAUGUGUAGUGAGGAUGCUGAGACACAACUGUUUUAAAUAGGGUCUCACUGUGUAGCCCAGGCUGGCCUUGGACUUGCAGCCCUCCUGCCUCCAGUGUUGGGGUUAUAGAGUGUGCCCAACACACGAUGAUUUAAAAUGCACCAGUCUUUUCCAGAUAGGAUCUUGAUAUGCAGCCCUGGCUGGCUGGACUUUGUACAACAGACAGUGCUCCUGUCUGUCUCGAGAAUGCUGGGCACGUGGGAAGACACCACCACACACGCUUGGCAUGAGACUCUAACUUCUCUUGAAAUGCUUUGUUGAACAAGUUCUUUUACCCUGCCAUUCCUAGCAAGGAGUGGCCAGUUACGUGUCAUGAAAUGAAGUAAAGACUGUCUUUUGUCAUUUAAUAAAAGCAUAUUUAGGGAAGUAAAGAAUAUUUACUGGGGGACUUUUGCUGUGGUUUUCCUGACAGUUACAAUAAAGAAAAACUCCUAUUGGUGAAAUUAUUAAGGCCACUCCACGUAUUUAAAAGGGAGGU